AUGCACUGCUGUGGUUGUUUACCCCAUCAGCAGACCCUGCAGUACUCUCCAUCCAAGAUGGCGGCUGGUGAAAACAACAGCAGGGCACCAUGUCUCAAUUUCUCCAGCCCCGGACCACUGGGCAACGCUCAGCCGAGUAACAACGCCCAUUCCACACCCGCAACUAACGAGGGCUCGGCGGGUCCCUCCGGAGGGGCGGCGCGGACGGUGAGACACUCAAACCCUCAACCGGGCCCAGGUCGCGGCGGUAGCACCGAGGUGAGAGUAGAGACCUCUCCGAACAGACAGCACACUACCCUACAGACAGCGGGACAAGGUGCGCGAGCAGCCACAUCCGCAGGGCGAGCGUCUGCUACAGCGACUAACAUGACAGCUUCUGCCGCAGCCCCUGCAGAGUCUGCCGUCUCCUCCACGCUUCCUAACAGCCCCUCGUCCGCCGCAGUGCUGGUGUACCGGGAACCGGUGUACAACUGGCAAGCCACCAAAAACACCGUAAAAGAACGGUUUGCGUUUCUGUUCAACAACGAGGUUCUCAGUGACGUGCAUUUUCUGGUAGGGAAGGGAAUGGGAGUACAGCGGAUACCAGCGCACAGAUUUGCUCUUGCCGUCGGUAGCGCAGUGUUUGAUGCCAUGUUCAAUGGCGGCAUGGCCACCACAUCGACCGAGAUAGAACUGCCUGACGUGGAGCCCGCUGCCUUCCUCGCCUUGCUCAAGUUCCUGUACUCAGACGAGGUCCAGAUCGGCCCGGAGACAGUGAUGACAACGCUGUACACAGCUAAGAAGUAUGCAGUACCGGCGCUGGAGGCCCACUGUGUAGACUUCCUGAAGAAAAACCUAAGAGCAGACAACGCCUUCAUGCUGCUCACACAAGCCAGACUGUUUGAUGAACCCCAGCUGGCCAGCCUCUGUCUGGAGAACAUUGACAAGAACACUGUGGACGCCCUGUCUGCAGAGGGCUUCACCGAUAUAGACCUGGACACCCUGGUGGCCGUGCUGGAGAGGGACACCCUCGGGGUGCGGGAGGUGCGUCUGUUUGGGGCGGCGGUGCGCUGGGCGGACGCCGAGACCCAGAGGCAGCAGUUCCAGCCCACGCCCGAGAACAAGCGCAAGGUCCUGGGCAAGGCCCUGGCGCUCAUCCGCUUCCCCCUCAUGACCAUCGAGGAGUUUGCCGCAGGGCCGGCCCAGACGGGGAUCCUGACAGACCGGGAGGUGGUCAGCCUGUUCCUGCACUUCACGGUGAACCCCAAGCCCCAGGUGGAGUUCAUCGACCGGCCUCGCUGCUGCCUGCGGGGGAAGGAGUGCAGCAUCACGCGCUUCGCCCAGGUGGAGAGUCGCUGGGGGUACAGCGGGACAAGCGACCGCAUCCGGUUCUCGGUCAACCGCAGGAUAUUUGUGGUGGGGUUUGGCCUGUACGGGUCGAUACAUGGACCCACAGACUACCAGGUCAACAUCCAGGUCAUCCACACAGACAGCAACACUGUGCUGGGCCAGAACGACACAGGCUUCAGCUGUGACGGCUCGUCCAACACCUUCAGGGUCAUGUUCAAGGAGCCUGUGGAGAUCCUUCCUAGCGUCAACUACAUCGCCUGCGCCACGCUCAAGGGCCCAGACUCACACUACGGGACCAAGGGCAUGAGGAAGGUGACCCACGAGGCCCCUGCCACCGGCACCAAGACCUGCUUCACCUUCUGCUACGCGGCGGGGAACAACAACGGCACCUCCGUGGAGGACGGACAGAUCCCGGAGGUCAUCUUCUACACCUAGGCCGCGACCUCCGACCUCUCGCCCCCCACCUCAGACAGCCAAUCGCUGAGGAGGGGGGGGGCUCUUCUGGAAACGUUCUCUCUCUCUUUCUCUCUCUCCGCCCCGCCUUGAGGGGAUCUCUGAUGAGUCAUGGUGGGAUAGGUGGCCCCUUCACACCCGUCCUGUCGCAUUAGAUCAGAGAUUACCCAGAAGGCCGUGCGGCGAGGCAGCAUGUUUAGGGGGUUUGGAGAAAAGGUCUUAGCUGAGUCAGGCCGUGUAAGAAAAUGACAUCAGACAUCUGUAUCACGUUCAUCCUCCAGGAAGCCAUGACACCUAACUACAUUAGCAUUCUGCUGUCUGAGCCUGACUCCCCUCUGCUCCCCUGGAGGGAGCUUUGUUCUAGCUGCGUGGCGUGCUCUGGUUCCUGGUCGCCUGGUUCUGUUUUCUGGUUCUAGGAGGCCUGGGUUGUUGGGUCUCUUGGUUCUUUGUGGCCUGGUGUUUGGACCUCUUCUUUCUGGGUGGCCUGG